AUGAAAAUGAUGACGAAGAUGUGCGGAAAGUAGAUUUUCAAUUAAAAUAAAUUGAAAUAAAAACAUAUUGUAAAUAUUUUUAGUUAAAUGCGAAUAAUAUAACUAUCCACAAUGACUACUUUACGCGAACGUCAACUCAAUGCUCUAAAGCAGAUGCUUAAUUUGAAUCAACCACUAACUAAAGCUGUAGCUACAGAACCAUCAUGGAAAGUUCUUAUUUACGACAGAGUGGGUCAGGAUAUAAUUUCUCCUCUUAUAUCUAUAAAAGAGUUAAGGGAUUUGGGUGUUACUCUUCAUGUACAACUUCAUUCAGACCGGGAUCCCAUACCCGAAGUUCCAGCUGUUUAUUUUUGUGCACCUUCAGAAGAGAACUUGGGUAGAAUUUGUCAAGAUUUAGACAAUGGAAUUUACGAUCAGUAUCACCUAAACUUUAUUUCACCCAUAACAAGACAAAAGCUUGAAGAUUUGGCCGCCUCAGCCAUCCAGUCCAACUCUGUAAUGAGCAUUCAUAAAGUUUACGACCAGUAUUUGAAUUUCAUCUGCUUAGAAGAUGACUUAUUUAUUAUGAAACAUCAGCAAUCUGAUAAUCUCUCAUACUAUGCAAUAAACAAAGGUGACACCAAAGAUACUGAAAUGGAAGCCAUAAUGGAUGAAAUAGUUGAAAGUUUGUUCUCAGUGUUUGUAACUUUAGGGAAUGUACCUGUAAUAAGAUGUAGUAAAGGAAAUGCCGCUGAAAUGGUUGCUAAGAAACUGGACAAAAAGCUGCGCGAAAACCUCUGGGAUGCCCGUAAUAAUUUGUUCCACGGACAAACUGGUUCGUUCAGCUUUACACGCCCCAUGCUCAUAUUGCUUGACAGGAACAUGGAUAUGGCGACGCCGCUACACCAUACAUGGACAUACCAGGCAUUGGCACAUGAUGUUUUGGAUUUAUCUUUGAACAGAGCAAUAGUCCCAGAAAGCUCUGGUCCAGUGAUGCCAGGACAAAAGUCGAAAACAAGGACUUGUGACUUGGAUUCUAAAGACCCUUUGUGGGCGGAACACAAAGGCAGUCCAUUCCCCACAGUGGCUGAAGCCAUACAGGAAGAUUUAGAUAAAUAUAGGAGUUCAGAAGCAGAGGUAAAGAAGCUAAAGAGCUCAAUGGGUCUGGACGCGGACAGUGAUCUCGCGUUGAGCAUGGUGAACGACAACACGCAGCGUCUCACCAGCGCCGUCAACAGCCUGCCGCAGCUCAUGGAGAAAAAGCGACUCAUUGAUAUGCAUACUACUAUCGCCACAGCCAUCCUUAACGCAAUAAAAUCAAGACGAUUAGACUCGUUCUUUGAGUUGGAAGAGAAGAUAAUGAGCAAAAGCAGUGGCAUAGAAAGCAAAGCAGUGUUGGACUUGAUCGCAGACACGAGUGCCGGCACGGAGGAGGACAAGAUGAGGUUGUUCAUAAUUUACUAUCUGUGCACGUCGCAGAUGCCCGAAGACGAAUACAAGAAGUUCGAGACGGCGCUGCUCGGAGCUAACUGUGACAUCAGACCUAUGGCCUAUAUGAAGAGAUGGAAGGGCCUAACUAAAAUAUCAAGUCAGGGUCAGUACGAGGGUGGCGGCACCAAGACCGUGUCUAUGUUCUCCAAACUCGUCUCCCAGGGAUCUUCCUUUGUCAUGGAGGGUGUUAAGAAUCUAGUUGUGAAGAAACAUAAACUACCUGUAAGUCGCACAGUGGAGAGCGCGCUAUCGGGCGAGAGCGACGAGCUAGGCUGGCUGGAGCCGCGCGCCGCUCGCGCCGACGCAGGGCGGCCGCGCGCGCGUCACGCCCCGCCCACCGACUCGCUCGUGUUCCUCGUCGGCGGCGGCAGCUACAUCGAGUACCAGAACCUUAUGGAGUUCGCCAAGCAACAAGCGGCGAGUGGGGUGACAAGGAAAAUUAUAUACGGCGCUACCACGCUACCGAACGCGACGCAAUUUCUCAAACAACUGUCACUAUUAGGUGAAGAGCUACAAUAAACAUUCCUUAUAUCCAAUCACUGUAAUAUAUUAUUAUGAAAAUAAAUUAUAAUUUACUGCUGUAGCCCUAG